UGUUCUCCUUCUCAGAGAGCAGGAAGAGCCGGGCAGCAUCGGUCAGGGCCAGGGCCUCCCCAGGAGCAUUGAAAAGAGUCUGCUCACACCUGUGGGUUCAGGGGGCAAUAGUUAGAGAUGGAGACUUGCCUUGCCAUUGCAAGGUCACAGAAGGCUGCAUACUGAAGACAGUCUUGCUGCUUCAGCUCUUUAGCCAACUGACCUGCAGCCAAGCAGAAAUACUGGAUUCACGGUUUACUGCUGCUGCUGAUGCUCCUGAGGUCAAGACCUCAUAGACAGAUGCUGGCCGAGACUCUAGACUCUGAGAGAGGAGGGAGUUCCAGAUCCAUCCCAGAUGCAGUGUUGAGUUUCCUCCACUGUGAGACAGUGUUGGAGAGACCCAGAGUUGAAGUUCAAACCACACGGCUGUGUCUUCUCAUCAUGGCCCCUCAAACUGUGAUGCUGCUGCUGCUUCUGGCUGCCAUGGCGACCAUGGUCCAGUCCGUUAGCAAGGAGAACGAACUGGAUUAUGGGUACUGGAACUACCGGGAGGGAGCUGAGAGUGUGAACGUGACCACUGUCCGCAGUGUGACCAGAGUCCUGGACGUCUGGGGAAAACGCAUAUUCAACGAGAUCAAGACCCUACUCCACUCUCAGCCCAGCACCCUGCUCCCUGACUACUCCAGGGUGCGCCCUCUGUCCGAGUCGCUCAACGAUCUCUUCAGGGAAGUCACUCUGCUGCACAGGCGUAUCACGGAACUCACCCAUCGCCUAGCAACCCUGGAACCAUUCCUCCGUCGCCACGGCUACCGGGACGAGGGGGAGGAGGGAGGGGGUGGCGGUAGCAGGGCUCUGCCACCUCGGAGCAUGAGAGGUGGCGCAGCGAGACUGACGAGGUACACCUUGAAGAAGGCGGUCCCUGUGAAGGGGACUAGGGUGGUGAGGAGGAGGAGGGUGAGAGUAUACAACAACGGACAAGUUAGGAUGCUGGAGAGUGCGAGUGAGAGAUAGCGGGAGGGAUUGUGGACUACGGAGGAGUGUGAUAGUAGGAAAGUUAGUGUUAGGGUUCUAAGUUCAGUGAGAGGUCAAAGGUGAAAGAGCGAGAAAUUAACGAAAUAGAGUCUGCAAAUAAUUAUAAUGUAUCAAAAUCUGAUAUCUAUUGUAGAAAGUUGAUGUAAAAUGUAUGUAUUCUCUGUCUCUGCUUCAUUACAAACAAAGAUGUGCAUCUGUAGUUGUUAUGUGUAUCAACCCAUGAGAGAGGAAUGAUAUAUUCAUUAAACAAACUCAUCAAGUGUCAA